AGAUUCUCGAAGCGCGAGAUAUGAAGUAUAAAGGUGCCGGCGCGCGGCCGACGUUCAGUCUGAAUUUCACAAGCAAACUACGAACACUGUGCGCAACUGGCGAUAACAGUGCGACUUAUCGAGACAAACGAAAACCGAACGAUACGAAAGCGAUAAAGAAUGGCGCCAAGAGCCCCAGCAGUCGGAAUCGAUUUGGGCACCACGUACUCGUGCGUGGGUGUCUUCCAGCAUGGAAAAGUUGAGAUCAUUGCCAAUGAUCAAGGAAACCGGACGACACCGAGCUAUGUCGCGUUCACGGAUACGGAAAGGCUGAUCGGCGACGCGGCCAAAAAUCAGGUCGCGAUGAAUCCCAACAACACCAUUUUCGACGCCAAGAGGUUGAUCGGCCGCCGUUUCGACGACGCGACGGUGCAGAGCGACAUGAAGCACUGGCCGUUCACCGUGGUAAACGAGGGCGGCCGUCCAAAGAUCACAGUCAUGUACAAAGGCGAAACGAAGAGCUUCUUCGCCGAAGAAGUGUCCUCUAUGGUGCUAACGAAGAUGAAGGAAACAGCAGAGGCCUACUUAGGAGUAACAGUCACGGACGCGGUGAUCACGGUGCCAGCGUACUUCAACGAUUCUCAAAGACAAGCGACAAAGGAUGCUGGCGCGAUCGCUGGAUUGAACGUUUUGAGGAUCAUCAACGAGCCAACGGCAGCUGCGAUCGCCUAUGGCCUAGACAAGAAGACAGCUGGCGAGAAGAACGUAUUGAUCUUCGACUUGGGCGGCGGCACUUUCGACGUGUCGAUCCUGACGAUCGAAGAAGGUAUCUUCGAGGUGAAGUCAACUGCUGGCGACACUCACUUGGGAGGCGAGGACUUCGACAACCGAAUGGUGAACCACUUCGUCCAGGAGUUCAAGAGGAAAUACAAAAAGGAUUUAAGCGUUAACAAGAGAGCUUUAAGGAGACUGAGGACAGCCUGCGAGAGGGCCAAGAGGACGCUCAGCUCUUCCACGCAGGCUAGCAUCGAAAUCGAUUCCCUGUUCGAAGGAGUUGACUUCUACACAUCGAUCACCAGGGCCAGGUUCGAGGAACUCUGCGCUGAUCUCUUCAGGAGCACGCUGGAACCCGUAGAGAAGGCUCUGAGGGAUGCUAAAAUGGAUAAAGGCCAAGUCCACAGUAUUGUCCUAGUCGGUGGCUCCACCAGGAUACCAAAGAUCCAGAAGCUGCUCCAAGAUUUCUUCAACGGAAAGGAACUGAACAAGUCUAUCAACCCUGACGAGGCUGUCGCUUACGGAGCCGCUGUUCAGGCUGCCAUCCUCCAUGGAGACAAGUCUGAACAGGUGCAGGAUUUGCUGCUGUUGGAUGUCACGCCUUUGUCAUUGGGUAUUGAAACCGCUGGAGGAGUGAUGACCACUUUGAUCAAGAGGAACACUACGAUACCAACCAAGCAGACCCAGACGUUCACCACGUAUUCCGAUAAUCAGCCUGGUGUGCUGAUUCAAGUCUACGAGGGUGAACGAGCGAUGACUAAAGAUAAUAAUAUUCUUGGCAAGUUCGAGCUGACUGGAAUACCUCCUGCGCCUAGGGGCGUGCCUCAGAUCGAGGUUACUUUCGACAUUGACGCUAAUGGUAUCCUGAACGUGUCAGCAGUCGAGAAGUCCACCGGAAAGGAGAACAAGAUCACCAUCACAAACGACAAGGGCAGACUGUCGAAGGAGGACAUCGAGAGGAUGGUGAACGAGGCGGAGAGGUACCGAAGCGAGGACGAAAUGCAGCGUGACAGAAUCGCCGCGAAGAACGCUCUUGAAUCUUAUUGCUUCAACAUGAAGAGCACGAUGGAGGACGAGAAGAUCAAGGACAAGGUCGACGAGUCCGACAAACAGAAGGUCCUCAACAAGUGCAACGAGGUGAUCGCCUGGAUGGACGCGAAUCAAUUGGCGGAGAAGGAAGAGUUCACUGACAAGCAGAAGGAGCUGGAAUCGGUCUGCAAUCCGAUAGUGACGAAACUGUACCAGGCCGGAGGCGGCGCACCUGGCGGAUUCCCUGGCGCGCCUGGCGGUGCACCUGGAGGCGGUGCGCCCACCGGUGGCUCCGGCGGGCCGACAAUCGAAGAAGUAGAUUAAAGGCAGCGAAUUCAUUCGUCGAAAGCACUGACUCAUUGUUCCUCAUUUCAUACUCCAUUGUAUUUAAUUCAUGUAGCCGCCAUACCUUCAUUUCGAUCAUGUAUUUGUACCUUGGAUUCUUGUGAAAGAAUUUAGAGACUUUAUUUUUCUGCUGGACAGUAUUGCAAUAAAGUUUCUUAAUUUGUUAUAAA